GUAGCGUGUCAGCUGGGAAAAGAGACCGCGAACCAACGCACAGCAGCGUGCUCCUUCCUUCCUUCCUGUCUAGGGUUUCUUCUUCGAUCUCUUUUUCCUUUGUCCUUCCACAUCCCUCUCUCGUCGGGCUGCAGAUCUCCCUCUUUCGCCCUCCGAUGGCGUACGUCGACCACGCCUUCUCCAUCUCCGACGAGGACAUCAUGAUGGGCGACUCCAGCUACGCCAUCCGCAGUCGGCCCCCCAUCAAAGAGAUCGCCUUCGCCGUCGCCCUGCUCGUAUUCGGCUCCCUCGCCAUCGUCGUCGGCUCCAUCAUGGCCGCCAACCGCGUCGGCGGCGACCGCGCCCACGGGAUUUUCUUCGCGAUUUUGGGGUCCGUGCUUUUCCUGCCAGGGUUCUACUACACGAGGAUAGCUUAUUAUGCGUACAAGGGGUACAAAGGCUUUUCCUUUGACAAUAUUCCUGCUGUCUGAGAACUAUGGAUGCAUUUCUUGGCUCGCCAUGGAUGAUCCCUUCUGUAUAGUAUGCUUCGACAACACUUUACUAGGGUUUCUUUAUCUCUUGGUCUCUUUCUUCUUCUUGGACAACUUGCAUGUAAUUUUUCGUUGAAAUAAUGAUAAUAAACUGUGUUAUGUGAAGUCUUGAAGUUAAAUUGUCUACGUGUGCUUGCUAGUUGAUAAAUUAGUGUAAUAUACAUUGUGAACAAUUGAGUUUAGAAGAACCUCACGAACUGCAUUAUUCUGUUGUUUGACAAA